GACAAAUAUCACCGAAGAAAAAAAAAUAUAUGCAUAAAAUUUCCUCCUGAAAUAACCAACCCUAGUUCAUUUCUUCUCUCUGUGUACUUCAAUGGAGCCUUUACACAGAAGGAAGCUUUCUAACGCCAAUGGCUUAUCAUUUUCUGCUAAACAGCAUCCGUACGACGGCGUUUUAACAGGUGCACAAUCGAAGUUCGGAGCUCCGGUUUUACCUUCCGGUGCUCCGGAUUACUCGGAGAUUUUUGGAGGUUCUCGUGAUUCUUCGAUUCCGGUGCUUGAUCUUUCUGGUAUCGAUGAUGCUGCGGUUUCCGAUGAUGGACGGAGCUCCGAUAAACUGGAUUAUUCCAACAUUUUUGGUGGUUUUUCUCGGGAAGAUAUGGCUGUGCGUAAUGAAGAGUUGUUUUCUAGAGGUAAACGAGGGAAGCGUUCUUCUGCUAAAUCUAGGACUGCUUCGGAAGGAUCCGAUCAAUGUAGUCCAAGUGGAAGGCAAAAAGAGUCCUCAUGUGAUGCAGCUAAUCAAUCUUUGGAUGGGCCAAAACAUUUUAACCUAUCUUAUCAUAAGACCAGCCAACGAAGCAGAGAUGGGUUAAAUGGCAUGACACAGAUUGCUGAACUGCAUGCUGUCCCUGGUUUUACGCAUUUUAUAGAUGAAAGUUCUCAUGUUCCAAAGACUGAAUCCUGUCAACAAGCACCCUUUGUAAAAAGUGAUGUACUUCGCCAAAGGAGUUUUAGUGGGGAAAUCUUUAAAGGACGUGAUAGGAAGGGGGAUUUGCAUGUCCCAAAGAUACAGAGUUCAGAUGGAGUACAUCGCAACAGGAGCUUUAGUGGGGAAAUAUUUAAAGAAGGGCAUGCUAGGAACAGGGAUUUGCAUGUCCCAAAGUUACAAACUUCAGAUGUACAUCGCAACAGGAGCUUUAGUGGGGAAAUAUUUAAAGAAGGGCAUGCUAAGAAUGAGGAUUUGCAUGUCCCAAGGAAUCAAAGUUCAGAUGGACAUCACAACAGGCACUUUAGUGGAGAAAUAGUUAGAGAAGGACCUGAUAGGAGUGGGGACUUGCAUAUCCCCAAUAAACUAAGUUCAGAUGUUCAUCAUGACACGAGCUUUAGUGGGGAAUUAUUUAAUGGACAUGAUAGGAAGGAGAAUUUGCAUGUCCCUAAGAAACUGAGUCCAAUUGGUGUAGUGAAGGUUAAAAGUGAAUCUAGCUGGGAUGUGUUCAAUGAUAAGUUUUUUAGUGCACGUGAUGAAUUUGACAAGAGAUCAAGUUCCACUGAAGGGGCAUCGGCUUCCAACCCCGUGGCCAAUGACAUCAAGGGCCAACCUUAUCAAUCAAAAAUUACUGGUCCUGAUUCCAAAUUUGGUGAAUCUGGAAGGGGUAGUCGUGUCAAUGAUACUUCACCACCUUCCUCUGAUGAGGAACUUGAUGCAAAUUCGGCAGCUGCUAUUUCUGCUGCCACUUUGAAAAAAGCCAUAGAGAAAGCUCAAGAGAGUAUUAGGCUAGCCAAAGAGCUAAUGGAGAGAAAAUGCGAAGGUGUUCCAGCUUCUCUGAAACGAAGGUCUAAAGGUAGCUUAAAAUCCAAGGAUAAUAGGGUUGAGUGCAAUACAAGAAGUAACAGGGGAAAUACUAUAGAAUUGCAGGGAAAAAUAGGUAUUGGAUUGCCUCCAUUUACUGAGGUUUGUCGGGAAAUUCCAUCAAGCAAUGCUGUUUUGGCUUCAUGCUUCAAUCUUAAAGAACAGCAAAGAGUUACUGGAAAUGUUGAAGUAUCUCACAGAGAUGUAGCAGGAACUUGGUCUCCGGAGGUGGUAAGCAGUAGAAAAGAGAAUACUCAAACCUUGGCAUCUCAACAGGUUGACAGCAGCAAUCAUUCCCAACCAUCUAUGGAGAAUAACAGUCAUGUAUACAAGCUAAAGGAGAUGAAUCCAAGUAACAAGACCAAGGAGCUUGACGAAGCACCUGAUUAUACCAAAUCAAUGGGGGACAUAAAGCCAACACCAAACAUCCUUGGGAAGUCAGAAGCUCCUGAGGAAUACAAGGAUACUUCCAAUUCAGCUCUGAUGCAUGAUUCUGAGGAAUAUGUAAAUUCUGAAAUGACCAAAGACUAUUGCUUUGCUAAGGAGAAGGCAAAUUGUUCUGCUGAGUCGAAGAAGUCUGAAAAUAUGAAGAACAAUCUGGAGUCGAUAUUUGUUGAACAAUGGAGUUUCAAGAACUUGCAGAAUUCUCCGGCACCGCUUACUGAGGAGAAAAUUGAGUUCCAAGAAAUGGAGAAUGAUAACUUACAUAACAACCAAAAGACACCUCUAGGAAAUGAGACACUGAACCAUGAAGACUUGGAAUGCAGAAUAGCAUCGAAGAAGCUAGAAAAAGUUGAGAUGAAAGAAAACAAAAGUAGAUUGAGAAGGAGCUCCGAUGAAGAAGAAACUGACAUUGUGGAUAAGGAAGCCUCCCUAUGGGUGGAAAAUGAUGAGAAGCCCCAACAUGGCUUCAAGAAAGAAGGCAUUGACAAUAAACAUGAAGAUUUCCAAGGGGGACAAGACACUGGAAUAUCAUAUGGGGUUCAUGAGUGUGAGCCGAGUGAAAGCAAAACGACUUACUCUUGUGAAGGAGAAGAGAGUGAGAGAAAUCUUGAAGGAUCUGAGAGGGAGGUACCUCAGAAUAUAUCCAUAGAGCCUUGUCAGUACGAAGCAACUGAAGAAAUAGAGAACCGAGCUGAUAAAUUCACACAGAAUAGAAAGACUGAAGCAAGUCAGAAGGUUGACGAAAUUGAUAGUAAGCCGGUGGAAGCAUCUGAUAAGAGUGAGGGUGAUCAGGAGACAAGUGUGGCUCCAAGUGUUGCUGAUAAACAAAAUUCAAUGAAAACUAUUUAUGAGCCUGAUCACGAUGGCAGUACUUGUUCAAGUGAGAUACAAGAAGCUUGUGAAUAUCAACUAGAAAAUGGUGACCUUGGAAUUAGUCAGCAGGCAGUUGAUUUUGAAGGGAUACAAGGAGUUUCUGAAGCCAUCAAUGAGCAUGCUGAGUGUGAGAAGUAUGGAGCAAGUGAAGAGUCAUCCAAUUCUAGGGAGAGGGAGAUAAUGGAAACUGCUAGUGAUCUCCAAAAUGCUAGUGAAGGGGAUACCUCUGAGGGCAUGGUGCAAGAUACUUAUGACUCCUCAUCUGAGGAUGCCAAGGAAGUGAGUCGGGGUUCCACUUGCAUGAGCACUGCGGAUAAUCUUCCAAGUGAAAGAGUGUUGUUUGAGAAAGAGAGCUUCUGCAAUGUCAUUCCAGAGAGUGUCAGUGAUAAUGAAACACAUUUUAUACCUGAGGUCCACCCUUCCGAAGAACAAAGGAAUACCACAUUUAUUGACAGAAACCUUGAACAGAAAUGCGAUGAGACUGGUAAGGAACCAGAAGAAUCCUCAGAUCCUGAUGAAGGGGAUGACUCUUGGGUCCCUGAACAUGUAGAGAAUGAGGAAACAAUCAAGGUGGAUGGUAGUGGUGACCAGGUUGAGAAAAACAAUGAUAUCGAAGCAGCUCAGCAAGUAAAGAAGUCUGUUGAGAACUCAGAAGGCUUGGAAUGGUCUUCUUUACUGGGUGAUCGUGAACCACUGGGCAAUGAUGAAGAGUUAAAAUCAGAACUGUAUGAGGAAGAGAAAAAUCUUAGCGAAAAAAUUGUUGUAGAAGAGGAUACCAAAGAGUCGUUAACAAAAGAAGUGGACAAAAAUAAUGGUAGAAAAACUGAGGUAGACAUGAGACAGCAAAGGGAAAGGGAAAAAGAUAGAAAAGUGGUGGAAAGAGCAAUUCGUGAGGCUCGUGAGAGAGCUUUUGCUGACGUCUGUGAAAGGGCAGAACGAGCUGCUGUGGAGAGAGUAACUGCUGAAGUUCGGCAAAGAGUAAUGGCUGAGGCACGAGAAAAGCGUGAGAAGGCUUCUGCAAGUAUCAAGGUAUCAACAGACAAAUCUUCCAUUGAAGCCAAGCGUAAAGCAGAACGAGCUGCUGUGGAGAGGGCAACUGCAGAAGCCCGUGAACGUGCUUUAGAGAAAGCUUUAUCACAAAAAAACAUAGCUGAAUUAAGGUCUCAAGUAGAUAGAGACGAUGUUGAAAGAUCUGCUAGUAGAACCAGAGAGAAUAAAUUGAAGCAAAGCCUUUCUUCUUCUGAUUUGGAGAAAUUUGAUGGAAGUAAUAGUGAAUCAGCUCAGAGGCGCAAAGCAAGGUUGGAGAGGCACCAGAGGAUAAUGGAACGAGCAGCAAAAGCCCUUGAGGAGAAGAAUCAGCGCGAUCUUCUGGCUCAGAAAGAGCAAAUGGAGAGAACUAGACUAGCAGAAGCUCUUGAUUCUGAUAUUAAAAGAUGGGCCAGCGGUAAGGAAGGGAACCUACGGGCACUGCUUUCGACUCUGCAAUAUAUCCUUGGAACCAACAGUGGUUGGCAACCUAUCUCGCUGACUGAAAUUAUUACUACUGCUGCUGUGAAGAAAGCUUACCGUAAAGCAACUCUGUAUGUUCACCCUGAUAAGUUGCAGCAAAGAGGAGCGAGCAUUCAGCAAAAAUAUAUUUGUGAAAAGGUUUUUGAUCUUCUCAAGGCCGCAUGGAACAGGUUCAACUCAGAAGAGAGGUGAUGCAAUGUUUGCGCUGUCCUAAUGUUGGCCAUCAGCUUUUCAAGAUGGAAAAUGAAAUUUGUUUUGUAGAUACAUUUAACUAUUGGCAAUCUAGUCUUAGACAUGAACAGUAGCUCAUCAGUUUGGAAACUCAGGGUAAAGUUAUUUACAAAAUG